UGGAGCUGCCAUAGAGGUAGAUGAAGUUCAUGGUGAGUUUUCCCUUCAGGCGGAAACAAUGGUCGGACGGGCAGCCACCCAGACACCGCUAUCAGCUUGUCGGUAUUCUCAGCCACCUUGGCUCCAGCACCAUCUCUGGUCACUACAUCAGCGACACCUUUACCAUGGAAGAGAAGGGCUGGCUGGCUUUCAGCGACCACAUAGUGACCAGGUCAGACGAGGAACAGGUGCUGAGAAAGAGGAAGAGCAGUGCGUACAUGCUGUUCUACACCCAGCAGGCUAACCUCCUCCACAAACCAAGAACCAAUCUGAAGACUAUGGGAGAUAGGGCUUUCUGUGCUGCUGCUCCAAGCCUAUGGAAUGCCCUCCCUGACUUCCUGAGGGCACCACAACCCACUGACUGUUUUAAAAAGCAUCUAAAGACUUUUCUUUUUAACAAAACCUUUGGUUCCUCCACUUAGAAGUUUUAAAUUUGUUUACUUUUAAACUAUUUAUUUUGUCUCUCUUUAUAUUAACUUGUAGCCCUUUGAGAUCCUGGGAUGUAAAGGGCAUUAUAAAUAAAAUGUAUUAUUAUUAUUAUUA